AGAUAUUUUCAGACGGACCGCUUUUAGUUAAUCAUGUCCGCAAGGUUUCACCAAAAAUCCGAGAUGGCACAGGGUUUUCGGGACCAAAGUACAUAGGGAUAUUAUGUUCACUCAAAAUUGACAGCAGUAUUAAACUUUUUUUUUUUGUCAUCGUUAUUGUCUGAGAACGGAGUGUUUUCGGAGCACACGGGCCACUGAGGAUGUGGCGGACAGGUGGUCCUCCCAGUUUACGGCUGGUGUGGACCGGCGCCACCAGAUUCUGCUCCAACAAGCCACCAGAAGCCUCGUCCCCCCAUCCAUCUCACACAAGCCCCCCUCCACGGACCCAAGCAGAGAAACGGAGGCGCAGGCAACAGCGCGAUGACUCCAUCCUGUCCAGUUCACACACGAGUGCUGAAGUGGUGAACUGGAGUGAGAAGCAGAAGAUAGUUUACUCAGCUCAAACCGCUCCUGGAAACAAGAAAGAUGUGAGUUUGCCGUUGCCCUCCUCCUACAGUCCGGAUUACGUAGAAGCCUGCUGGUACGAGUGGUGGGAGAAAGAGGGCUUCUUCAGUCCUGAAAUACACGAGAGGUUGUCUCACCGCGUGGAUCAGACCUUCACUUUGUGUAUUCCUCCGCCAAAUGUAACCGGUACGCUGCAUUUGGGUCAUGCUCUGACUGUUGCCGUGGAGGACGCUCUGGUCCGAUGGAGGAGGAUGCUGGGAUAUCGAGUCCUGUGGGUUCCUGGAUGUGACCAUGCUGGUAUCGCAACUCAGUCGGUGGUGGAGCGCAGACUUCUGAGAGACAAAGGGAAGCGCCGACAAGACCUGACCAGAGAAGAGUUUUUACAGGAAGUUUGGACCUGGAAGAACCAGAAAGGGGAGCAGAUCUACCAGCAGCUGAGGAGGCUGGGGGCGUCUCUGGACUGGAGCAGAGCCUGUUUCACCAUGGACCCAGGCUUCAGCAGGGCCGUAACUGCAGCAUUCGUCCAGCUCUGCGAUUCUGGCCUAAUUUAUCGAGCAGAGAGUUUGGUCAACUGGAGCUGCGCUCUGCAGUCCGCUAUCUCAGACAUCGAGGUGGACUCCAAGGAGCUGUCUGGACGGACCAUGUUGUUUGUUCCUGGUUAUGAGAAGAAAGUGGAGUUUGGAACAAUGUUCACGUUUGCGUACCCCGUAGAAGGCCACGGUGACAGCGAGGUGUCCGUGUCCACCACCCGCCCCGAGACCAUGCUUGGAGAUGUGGCUGUAGCCGUUCACCCGGACGAUCCUCGAUAUCAGACUCUUCAUGGGAAACAGUGCAGACAUCCAUUCACCAACAGACUGCUGCCGAUCAUCACUGACACCAUGGUGGACAUGGACCUGGGAACUGGUGCAGUGAAGGUGACGCCGGCUCACGACCACACCGAUUUUCUUCUAUCACAGAGACACUCGCUGCCACGUCUGCCUGUGAUUGGAGGAGACGGGACGAUGUCCCCUUCCUGUGGACAGUGGUUGGAGGGGGUGAAGCGCUUUGAUGCCAGACAGCUCGUGCUGGAUGCUCUGGUGGAGAAGAAACUGUUCAGAGAGAAGAAAGAUCACACCAUGGCAUUACCAAUCUGCAGUCGUUCAGGAGACGUCAUCGAACCUCUUUUGAAGAAGCAGUGGUUUGUCCGCUGUGAAGGAAUGGCUCGGAAAGCUGUUCAGGCUGUUGAGGAUGGAGAGCUGGAGAUGAUUCCCAAAUACCACACCAAGACCUGGAAGAACUGGCUGUCCAACAUCAGUGACUGGUGCAUCUCCAGGCAGCUGUGGUGGGGUCAUCAGAUCCCGGCGUACCAAGUACAGCUUCUGAACUCUGCCACCAAACUGGAGGACGAAUGGGUCUGGGGACAAAGUGAAGACGAAGCCCGUCAAAGAGCUGCUGUGAAAUAUGGAGUGAAACCAGAAGAGGUGGUUUUGACUCAGGACCUGGAUGUCCUGGACACCUGGUUCUCGUCAGCGUUGUUCCCCUUCGCCAUGCUUGGUUGGCCUGAACAGAACUCUGACCUGCGGUGCUUCUACCCCAACUCGCUUCUGGAGACAGGAAGUGACCUCAUCUUCUUCUGGGUGGCUCGGAUGGUCAUGUUGGGGACACAGCUGACCGGACAGCUGCCAUUUAAGCAGGUUCUGUUUCACUCUCUAGUACGAGAUAAAUAUGGCAGGAAGAUGAGUAAAUCUCUGGGAAAUGUCAUCGACCCGUUGGAUGUUAUCCAUGGAGUGUCUCUUCAAGGACUCGAAGAGAAAGUGAAGGAGGGGAACCUUGACCCAAGGGAGCAGCUGGUUGCCAUGGAAGCGCAGAAGAAGGACUUCCCCAGAGGAAUCCCUCAGUGUGGCACUGACGCACUGAGGUUCGCCCUCUGCUCUCACAAGAUGCAGGGAGACGACAUUAGUUUGUCGGUGUCUCAGGUCCUGAGCUGCAGACACUUCUGUAAUAAGAUGUGGCAGACCCUCAGGUUUACGCUGGGGGUCCUGGCUGAAACCGGGACUCCACUGGGAACACUGGACCAGACGACUCCGGUGGGCAGCGUGGAGCGCUGGAUCUGCUCCCGCCUCCACAGCACCGUGCUGGAGUGUGAACGAGCGUUUGAAAAUUACGAGCUUCACGCCGUCACGGCGGCGCUGCAUUCCUUCUGGCUCCACAACCUCUGCGACGUUUAUCUGGAAUACAUGAAGCCUUUGAUCGGGAGGAGGGAUGAGGAGCCGGUGGCUCAGACCGACUCGGAUCACCAUGGCAACGCCAGGCAGGAGGCCGUCACCGUGCUGUUUCACUGCGUGUCUGUGUCUCUGACGCUGCUCCACCCCUUCAUGCCCUUCAUCACCGAGGAGCUGUGGCAGCGACUGCAGCCGUUCAGACCUGAGGGUGGCGCUAACAGCAGCCUGUGUUUGCAGUCGUACCCCCGACCCGCUCACACGGCACAUUGGCACUUCCCUGAGGAGGAGGAAGGCUUCCUGCUGGUCCAGGAAGUGGUCCGAGUGGCCCGGUCUCUGCGAGCCCAGUGUGGUGUGACCAAAGAAAGACCCACGAUGUGGGCCGAGUGUUCACCCCAUCAGGCCCGCAUCCUCCUUCACUUUGACUCCGCCAUUCGGACCCUGGGCCGGAUCUCCAGCCUGCAGAUGUUCUGUCCUGACGGGGCAGACUCCCAGCUGUCUGUCAAGUCCUCCCCCCCACCCACAGGAAGUGUGGUGGGUGUGGUGGACCACAGCUGUCGGCUGCACCUCCACGUCCAGAGUGGACUGAACGUGGACAAACAGAUCCUGGAGCUUUCUCAGCGCAGAGACAAACUCAUCCCUAAACUGGAAGAAAUGCUCCAAAAGCUCAAAUCUCCAGACAUCCUGACCAAGAUUCCUGUUCAUGUCAGAGAGCAGAUGGACAGGAAGGUUUCAGUCUUGAAGCAGGAACUGAAAACCGUUGAAGACCAGAUGGAGCUGCUCCAGAAGAUGAAAACCACAGGAUGACUUCAGCGAGGAUGUCAUAGCUGUGGAGACGCCAAAAGAACUGAAGAAAUUCUUCACAUACUGUAGUUCCAGAACGGUGGCGUCCUGGAGCUGUUUCUGCACACAGACAUUACAGAUGUAUAGAGCCCCUGCAGCCACCAGGGGGACACAAGAGACAAGACACAAGGUCAACCUCAAUAUCCAGUAUUUAUGGAGAAAUAAAACGAACUGUCUUCAAACCACAAACAUUGUAAGGUCUGUGUUGUAUCCACCCACGAAGUAGAACAAGUCAGGUCCUCUACUGACCACCAGGGUCUGUAGAGAACCUGCCAACAGUAUUAAAAUGUAAAACUUUAGAGCAGAAAUAAAUAUAUUUACAGUCUGGUUCAAAAAAGGUUUUCAUCGCCAUAGUUAGAUUUAACAUCCAAGACGACUGUAUGGAGGAACUUUGA